AUAACCACCAUACUACAGCAAACAUCCAUAAACUUUCCCACUGAGCUGCUGCGACGUUGUCAGAAAAAGAAAAUCUGUGCUAACCCGUUUCACUGACUACUGUCUUAAUUGUGGCCAAGAUGUUUCUGGAUGAGCGGAUUGUGACUCUGUUCAAAAGGAAUGCCCAUCACACGCUGACCUACUGGAGUGUUUUCUUCAGCUUUGGACUCUGCAUUGCUUUCCUUGGACCAACAAUUUUGGACUUGCAAUGUCAAACAAACUCAACACUGAGUCAGAUUACGUGGGUAUUCUUUGCCCAGCAGUUCUGCCUGUUGAUCGGCAGCUCUAUUGGUGGCAUUUUCAAAAGGACGUUGUUCAGCGCUCUAGCUGCCUUAUUUGUCUCUGCUCUGGUCAUAUCUGUAAUAUUUGCCAUCAUCCCUCUGUGCAAUAAUGUUCUCCUGCUGGCUAUCGCCAUGGCUGUGUCUGGUUUUGCGAUGGGUAUUAUUGACACCAUUGCCAACAUCCAACUGGUGACCAUCUAUCAGAGGGACUCAGCUGUAUUUUUACAGGCGCUUCAUUUUUUCAUUGGGUUUGGAGCUCUGGUGAGUCCGCUGAUUGCAGAUCCUUUCCUCUCAGAGACGGGCUGUGGGAAUCACACAGGGAACGAGACGGAGGUCAUGCAUCACUUCAGGAACAUGCUGAGAAACAGUCCGAUUGCAGAGCACAACAUAAAUCAGAGCCACCUGCAUCAUGAGGGAGUGGAGGAGGAGUCUAUUGUGCACUAUGCUUUCUGGAUCAUGGCACUUAUUAAUCUGCCCGUGCCCAUCGCAGUUCUGUUCCUCAUGUAUCGGGAACAGCUCAUCCCAUGCUGUCCCAGUGGCACUCCUCGCCUUCUAGAUAAAGAUGAACUAGCAAUGGAGAACCAGCAGGGGGCAGAGGCCACAGACGUGGAUCAGAAGGAACAUGAAGCAGGAGGUCAUGGGGAUAUCUUUAGCUGCUGUCGGAAUGAUAACCUGCGUGGCCUGCCGGUAUCCUUCUUUAUGAUUCAUGUCCUCGGUGGGAUGGUGCUCUUCAUGACCGAUGGCAUUGUGGGCGCAUACGCUGGCUUUGUGUACACUUAUGCUGUGACACCACCUUUGUCACUGCCUCAUAAGACGGCAGGUUACCUGGCCAGUAUCUUUUGGGCGGCCAUCACCGCUGGUCGUCUGUUGUCCAUUCCUUUAUCAUAUCGUUUCCAGCCUGUCCGACUGCUCAUGUUCAACCUGGCAGGGGCUAUUGUUAUUGUGUUGAUGCUGCUUAUUUUCUACACCAGCAACACCUUUUUAUUUGUUGGUACCGGUUUAUGUGGGUUGUUCCUCAGCAGCAUCUUCCCCUGUAUGCUUGCCUACACUGAAGACAUCCUUGACUAUCAGGGAUGUGCAACCUCCGUCCUGGUGACAAGUGCAGGGAUGGGAGAGAUGGUUAUGCAGGUUCUGGUUGGCUCAAUUAUUCAAACUAAAGGCAGUUACAGCUUCCCACUGUGUGGAAUGAUAAUAGCCUGCAUUGGAUUUAUCCUUUUUAUUGGUCUCCUGCUUUUCCAUCGAAUGCACAGAAACUACCUCACAGGAACAUCGAAAAAGUCCGCCAUGGUGGAGGAACCAGCAACGCAGUCAAACGGUUCUGCCAAGACAGAAGAGAAAGAGGAGAAAGAGAAUAGCUGAGAGGGACAGCAGCUGUGUUUUGUUCUGUGCUGACUACUGUAGAAGAUGAAGUAUAAUGGUUCAAAUGAUUUACCUUAUGCUACAAUGUACCAAUACACUUUUAUUCUGUUGGAAGUUAUUUGUGUGAGUGGUGUGCCCCUGUUAUCAAAUUCUGUUGCGUUUUAUGUCACACGAGUUUAAAUUUACAACACAAGAAUAAUGAUUUUGUCAGUGUUUUUCAUCAAAAUUCAUCUUUGUGUACCUCUAUUUUAAUUGUAACCAUUUGUUUUCAUACUGUUGUGUUUUGCUAUAUUUUUGUCAUAUGUAAAAGAAAACAUACUGUACAUAAUGUGACAUUAAAUUCUCAGAUACUGAGAUGUGAACAUGAUUUGAUAAAUAAAUAGACAAUACUGA